CCUGUCCGCCCUGUCCUCCGCUACUCUCCCGACGUCCCGUCGGAGCCGUGCCCCCGAGACCGCCCCGUCGCGUCGGCGUGCUCCCGGAGCUCGAUGCCCGGCCCGUUUCCCGCCGAGAUAAGAGCUGCGCCCCUUCCCCCUCCUCUCCCUCUUCUUCCCCCGUUUCUUCUCCCUCCUGCUCUCCUCCUCGUGUUCUUCCUCUCCGCCGGCCGCUUUUCCCAUCUGCUCUGCAAUCUGAGGAUCUAUGAGCCCAUGCGCCUCUUGUCGCCGCCGGUCUUUCCCUUGCUUGCGCGUUGAUAGAUCCUAGCCUCAUAUCUGUGCUCAUCCUGAUGUUCUGCAGGAGCUGGAUUGGAGAGGGGCCGAGCCGCACCAGGCUUUCGUCCAGGCCCCCCGUCGGAGCAGUCCCCAGGUGGCGGCGAGCGGCGUUCGUACACAAGCGUGCGCUGCCCCUCCCAUUGGAGCAGUUGGCCAGGACGUCCAGUCCCAUCGGCGCGUGCCCCUGUGGAUUUGAAGCCGAGAUAAGUUACUCCUUCCCAUCUCUCUUCUUCCUCUCGCCCUGGUCACGGAUGUUGCCUUCUCGCUCCCCACCUCCCUUCCUCCUCCUGUUUCCCUCUCGCUAACAUCUGUUGUAGAUCUGUGAGCUCCAGCCCUUCGCGCGCUUCUCUUUCUGCUGCUUUGGACCAGCUGCGCCUUCACCUGAUCCGCCAGUUCUUGCUCUUCCAGUGCAGGUGCAGAUGCGGCCAUGGAUUCGGUGACCUAGGCCGAGGAACGCCCUUUGCAGCUGUUUUCUUGGGUUUGAGCAGCACGAUCUCAACAAUCUCUUCCUGUGUUUGGCAAGCAAUAUUCUUGGGUUCGAGCAGCAACGACUCAUGCCUGAGAUUGAUAGUCUCAUUAGGACAAGGCUUUGGUUGCUGCUGCAGAUGCACCUGGUAGCUCCUCUACAAAGACAUGGAAAAGCACUACAAAGAAAAGGUCCUGUCCAUCCCCUAACAAGAAAGUUGCUAAGAAGAUAUUUACUGGUGAAGAAACUGCAGAUAGCAGUGGUGGCAGUGAUGGUGGUGCAGCCACCUCUGAUUAGAACAGUUGCAGCUUUGUGUGCCCUUCGUCUCUGGCAAGAAGAGUCCAGUGCAUGGGACCUGGAGCCUGCAUUGACCUCAAUCUGCAAACUGUGUAGCAUGGUGACUAGCUUUUGGUUUCAGGUAGUAUUCAAAGCUACCAGCUAGGUUGUUUGGUAGCUAUACAUACUUGCUGUUACAUGUAGAUUUAUGGUGCUCGGAUGUACUGUAAUAUUGAUGCUCCAAAUGCCAGACAAACACCUGAUGUUAGGAUAGAGUGAUGCUCAGAUGUAACCAUGAUGAUCGGAUGUACUUUGAUGUUGAUGAUUGAAUUGCCGGACAGACACCUGAUGGAUAGGAUAGCUCGGUGCUCGGAUAUGUUGUAAUAUUUAUUAUUCAGAUGAUGGACAGACACCUGACGGCUAGGGUAGCUUGGUGCUUAGAUGUGCUGUAAUAUUUAUGAUCAAAUGCCGGAUAGACACCUAUGUUAUCAAGUUAAUCAUCGGUUUGCUACCAAA